CUGUCAUCAGCCAGUCUGGCCUGACACAUUGAGCCCAGGCUACUGAGUAUUGUCCUAAAAGCAGAAAGAGAGAAAAAAAGGAGAGAGAAAGAGAGAAAGAAAGAAAUCACUCAAUCAGUCACAUGACUUGACAGGAUUUGUGACCAUUCCUUUCUGUUGCAACAAAGAGUUUUCAAUACAUAUCCCAAGCCCCCCCCCUCCCCCCAACACAAGGAAAGGAGCUAAGAUGGGACAAUAAGGAACCCUUGCAAGAAUAUUUUUCUCCAUGAAGAGAGCUACCUUCUUUUCCUCAGCCUGUCAUGUAGAAAGUUCAUAUGGAGGGCUGCUGACCUGUUACUCUGCUGCUGAACAGCAUGCAGUCCUUUCGGGAGCAAAGCAGUUACCACGGAAACCAGCAGAGCUACCCACAGGAAGUGCACGGCACAUCCCGGCUGGAAGAAUUCAGCCCUCGCCAGCAGGCCCAGAUGUUCCAGAGCUUUGGAGGAGGUGCUGGCAGUGGACGGCGUGGAGCAGCGGGGACCUCUGCAGCAAUGCCUGGUGAGAGCUCUGGUCAUCAGAGCUACCAAGGUUUCAGGAAAGAAGCAGGAGAAUUUUACUACAUGGCUUCCAACAAAGAUGCUGUAGCAGCAGGAGGACAGCAACCACCUCAGCGCAGGCCGUCUGGGCCAGUGCAGAGCUAUGGACCACCACAAGGGAGCAGCUUUGGGAGCCAGUAUGGAAGCGAGGGACAUGUGGGCCAGUUUCAAACGCAGCACUCAACCCUUGGGGGUGUCUCUCACUAUCCGCAGGACUAUACUGGACCUUUCUCUCCAGGGAGUACCCAAUAUCAGCAACAAGCUUCUAGCCAGCAGCAGCAAGUACAGCAACUGAGACAGCAAAUCUAUCAAUCCCAUCAGCCCUUGCCACAGGCGUCCAGCCAACCUGUAUCUAGCGCCUCCCAUUUGCAGCCAAUGCAGCGUCCAUCUGCGUUGCCUUCCUCUGCUUCUGGAUACCAGUUACGAGUGGGUCAGUUCAGUCAACACUAUCAACCCCCUGCUUCUUCUUCCUCCUCUUUUCCUUCCCCCCAGCGUUUUGGCCAGUCGGGACAGAAUUAUGAUGGCAGUUACAGUGUGAAUUCUGGUUCACAAUAUGAAGGCCAUGCUGUGGGUUCCAGUGCACAAGCUUAUGGAACCCAGUCUAAUUUUAACUUUCAGACUCAGCCAAUUAAAAGUUUUGAGCAAUCUAAGAUGCCCCAAGGUGGACAGCAGGGGCAGCAGCAACAGCAUCCCUCACAGCAUGUAAUGCAGUACUCAAAUGCUGCUACCAAGCUUUCACUUCAAAGUCAAGUGGGACAGUACAGCCAGUCUGAAGUCCCUGUGAGGUCACCAAUGCAAUUCCAUCAGAAUUUUAGUCCUAUUUCCAACCCGUCUCCAGCUGCCUCUGUAGUUCAGUCUCCAAGCUGCAGCUCCACUCCAUCUCCUCUCAUGUCAGGUGGAGAAAAUCUUCAGUGUGGGCAAGGCAACAUGUCCAUGGGCUCUAGAAAUCGGAUUUUGCAGAUGAUGCCUCAGCUCAGCCCAACACCAUCCAUGAUGCCGAGCCCCAAUGCUCAAGCUGGGGGCUUCAAGGGAUUUGGGUUGGAAGGGUUGCAGGAGAAAAGGCUUACAGAUCCAGGUCUGAGCAGCCUAAGUGCUCUAAGCUCUCAAGUUGCUAAUCUUCCCAACACAGUCCAGCACAUGUUGCUUUCAGAUGCCUUGGCACCUCAGAAAAAAGGUUCCAAAAGAUCAUCAUCUUCUAAAAAGGCUGACAGCUGUACAAACUCAGAAGGCUCCUCCCAGGCAGAAGAGCAACUCAAGUCUCCUCUGGCAGAAUCUCUUGAUGGUGGCUGCUCCAGCAGUUCAGAGGAUCAUGGAGAGAGAGUGAGGCAGCUGAGUGGCCAGAGCACUAGUUCAGACACCACUUACAAAGGGGGCAAUGUAGAGAGAUCCAACUCCUCACCAGCACAAGGCUCUCAGAAUGAGCCACCAAAACUCAGUACCAGCCCUGCAGCUAGGGAAGAUGUGUCUUCCCCUGAUGGAAAGGAAGCCUUGGUAGCAGCAGAGGCUGCCCCAAAAGUGAAUGAAAAGGCGGUUGGGGUGAUUGUCUCCCGGGAGGCCAUGACAGGCAGAGUAGAAAAGUCAGGUGGGUCGGAUAAACCCACACAAGAUGAUGUUUCCACAGCUACCCAAGCAGCUCCUGGGUCCAGUGGAUUGAAAGAAACUGGGCAAGUGAUGCCACAGCCAGAGUCUCAAGGAGGGAGUAAAGGGAGUAAAAGUGGGGAUAACAACACUAACCACAACGGAGAGGGUAGCAGCCAGGCUAGUCAUACAAUCCUGGGGUCAAGUUUUCCUGGUAGAACAGAACCUUCCAAAUCUCCUGGCAGUUUAAGGUACAGCUAUAAGGAUAAUCUAGGUGCUGCCAUGCAGAGAAAUAUUGGUGGCUUUCCUCAGUAUCCUCUGAGCCAAGAAAAAGGGGAUUUUCCAGGGCAUAGUGAGCGAAAGGGGCGGAAUGAGAAAUUUCCCAGUCUCCUACAGGAAGUUUUGCAGGGGUAUCACCAUCACCCAGAUAGAAGAUAUGCUAGGAAUGCUCAGGAGCAUCCAGGAAUGGCUGGAAGCUUGGAAGGAGCCAUGAGGCCCAACGUUUUAAUUAGCCAAGCCAAUGAAUUAACCAACAGAAGCCUUCUAAACAAAACCAUGGGAUCACUCCUGGAAAGCCCCCAUUGGGGCCCCUGGGAUAGGAAAUCAAGUGGCACAGCUCCUGAGAUGAAACAGAUCAAUCUGGCUGACUAUCCUAUCCCUAGAAAGUUUGAGGUGGAAUCACAGUCUUCUGCCCAUGAAGGAGGUGCACUAUCAGAGAGGAGAUCUGUUAUCUGUGACAUAUCUCCACUAAGACAACUGGUUAGGGACCCUGGGCCUCACCCAGUUGGGCACAUGGGUCCUGAGGCCAGAAGUGGAAGAGGUGAGCGGCUUACUCCUGGUUUAGGCCAGUCAGUCAUACUCCCUGGUGGCCUGGUGUCCAUGGAAACAAAGUUAAAGUCUCAUAGUGGGCAAAUAAAAGAGGAAGAUUUUGAACAGUCAAAGACCUCAGUCAGUCUCAACAGCAAGAAAUCUGGUGAUCACUGUCAUCCUCCCGGCAUCAAACAUGAAUCUUUCCGAGGGAAUGCCAGCCCUGGAGCUGCAGUCUCUGAUGUUACUUCAGACUACAUCUCCCAGCAAGAGAGCAGGUCAACCCAAAUGAGGCGAGCCCCUGGCAGAAUUGGAAGCGGCAGGGAAGGUAUGAGGGGAAAAUCGCCUUCACAGUUUCAGGAUCUGGCUGAUAAACUGAAGAUGUCACCGGGCAGAAGCAGAGGCCCAGGAACAGAUCUCCACCACAUGAACCCCCACAUGACACUGGCUGAGAGGGUCAGCAGGGGUUCUUUACACUCUCCAUUUGCUCAGAACUCUGAAGGCCCAUCUUUGGCUUCAGCAUAUCAUGCAAACACUAGGGCUCAUGCUUUUGGUGACCCCAGCCAGAGUUUGAAUUCCCAGUAUCAUUACAAAAGGCAGAUAUACCAGCAACAGCAAGAUGAAUACAAAGAGUGGAGCAGCAGCGCUGCUCAGGGCGUGAUUGCUGCAGCUCAGCAUAGACAGGAAGGGGCAAGGAAGAGCCCAAGGCAACAGCAGUUCCUUGACAGAGUAAGAAGUCCCUUGAAAAAUGACAAGGAUGGAAUGAUGUACAUCCAGGCCAGCUCUUACCUUGAUGCUGGAGGUCAAGAAACUGGGCGCUGUAUCAUGGGAAGUGAUGGUGCUCAAAACAAGUGCACCGAAUUAAAACAUGGUAACCAGAAGAUGCAGCAACAGGAAUCUGGUUGGGAUCUGUCCCGGCAGACCUCUCCAGCCAAGAGCAGUGGUCCUCUAGGAGCAGCCAAUCAAAAAAGAUUUUGCCCUCCGGAUGGUGAUGGGCACAGGCGAGAAGAAUCUACAGAUUUGCCGAAGCCGAGUAAUGCCAUGAUGAGGCUCCCUGGCCAAGAAGAUCAGUCUCCUCAAAAUCCUUUAAUUAUGAGGAGAAGGGUCCGUUCUUUCAUCUCUCCUAUUCCUAGCAAAAGGCAGUCACAGGAUGCAAAGAAUAGUGGAACAGAUGAUAAGGGGCGACUGCUUCCUUCAUCAAAGGAAGGAACUGACAAAGCAUUCAACUCUUAUGUCCACUCAUCUCAAGGCCAAGAUGCUGGGAAGUCACUGUCAAAGGGCGAUCCUUCCAAAGAUCUUCCUAUUCCUGACAACAGGAAUUGCCCUGCUGUUUCUCUUACAAGUCCAGCUAAGACCAAAAUAUUGCCUCCACGGAAGGGACGGGGAUUAAAACUGGAAGCUAUUGUUCAAAAAAUUACAUCCCCCAACAUCAGGAGAAGUGUUUCCUCCAACAAUGCUGAAACUGGUGCAGAUGCUGUCACUCUUGAUGACAUCCUUUCCCUCAAGAGUGGACCUGAAGGUGGGAGUGUGACCAGUCAUGGAUCAGAAACUGAGAAGAGAAAAGGAGAGACUGCAUCAGAUCAAAUGGGGACAGCGGGCCAAGAAAUGGUGGGUGAAAUGUCUCUAUCAAGACAAGAAGAGUGGCAUGGCAGCGAAGAUGAUAAGGUCAAAAAGGAGACAUCUGAAGUAGUUAGUGUUAGUAAAGAAGGAUCAGGGACUAGUGUGGCCCCACCAUCUUUGCAGAAGUCUGGUAUACAAGGAAGAUCUGACGCUUCUGUAAGUGGAGCUGGAACUCUUACCUUUUCUGACUCAAAAACAGUCUCCCCGUCUAAUGUGUUUACUUCUGAAUUGAACCCAAAGUCUGAAGAAAAAGAUGGAGACAUUACAAACAUUUCACCCAAGCCAGAUGGCUUCCCCCCAAAGGGAUAUUUCCCCUCUGGAAAGAAAAAGGGGAGGCCCAUUGGUAGUGUGAACAAGCAGAAGAAGCAGCAGCAGCAGCAGCAGCAACAACAACAGCAGCCGCUGCCACCGCCUCCACCACCACAGCCACCAUCCCAGUCAUCAGAAGGUGCAGGUGGUGGAGAGCCAAAACCUAAGAGACAAAGGAGGGAGAGGAGGAAACCUGCAGCACAGCCAAGAAAGAGGAAAACUAGACGGGCUGCUCCCAUUGUGGAGCCUCAAGAACCAGAGAUCAAGCUGAAAUAUGCCACCCAAUCUGUAGAUAAAACUGACAACAAGAACAAGUCCUUUUUCCCUUAUAUUCAUGUGGUAAACAAGUGUGAAUUAGGUGCAGUGUGCACAAUCAUUAAUGCUGAAGAAGAGGAGCAGAACAAGUUGGUGAGGGGUCGAAAGGGGCAGAGGUCCUCAACUCCCCCUCCUAGCAACACUGAGAGCAAAGUGCUGCCCACAUCGACUUUCAUGCUGCAGGGCCCAGUAGUAACAGAGUCUUCUGUCUUGGGGCAUCUGGUUUGCUGCCUGUGUGGCAAGUGGGCCAGCUAUCGCAACAUGGGUGACCUCUUUGGGCCUUUCUAUCCCCAAGAUUAUGCCGCUACACUGCCCAAAAACCCACCUCCCAAGAGGGCCACAGAAAUGCAGAGCAAGGUCAAGGUACGGCACAAAAGUGCUUCUAAUGGCUCCAAGACUGAUACAGAAGAGGAAGAAGAACAGCAACAACAGAAGGAACAAAGAAGCCUGGCUGCCCAUCCCCGCUUUAAGAGGCGGCACCGCUCUGAGGACUGUGGUGGGGCCUCUCGGUCACUUUCAAGGGGAGCUUCUUGUAAAAAAGCAACCACUGAGGGUGUCAGUGGCAGUGAAAAGACUCCUUUGGACUCAAAACCCCCGAUGCCCACUUCAGAAGGUGGCUCUGAGCUGGAGUUACAAAUUCCUGAACUACCUCUUGACAGCAAUGAAUUUUGGGUCCACGAGGGUUGUAUUCUCUGGGCCAAUGGGAUCUACCUGGUCUGUGGCAGGCUGUAUGGGCUGCAGGAAGCUGUGGAAAUAGCAAGAGAGAUGAAAUGUUCCCAUUGCCAGGAGCCAGGAGCCACCUUAGGCUGCUACAACAAAGGCUGCUCUUUCCGAUACCAUUACCCAUGUGCCAUCGAUGCAGAUUGUUUACUAAAUGAAGAGAACUUCUCAGUGAGGUGCCCGAAGCACAAGCCCCUCCCUCCUUGCUCUCUUCCCUCCUUGCAGAACAAGAUGGUGAAAGGCAGCCUCAGCACAGAGCAGUCGGAGCGGGGGUGAGGGGGGAAGUGUGUUCCUGGGAAUGGAAAUAAAAGCAAGCACAGGUUAGGCUGUUGAGAUAAAGGGCGGUGGACAUUCGUGACUGAAUGGAUUCUCUCCCGCUGUGCAGCCAUGCCCCCUCUUGAUGUGCCUGCCAAUGCCAGCACUUCCUUCAUAAAUUCGUACAUCACACUCAAAACUGAUGACAUCACAGAAUAUGACCAAGGAGUCUGAACCAGCUGUUUCCAUGGACACAAUCUCCAUAGUGACAGUGGGGAGGGGAGGGAAAAGAGGAAACAGGUGGGGGGAAUUAAAGAGGGAGGGAUAAAUAUAUAUAUAUAUAAAUAUAUAUAUAUAAAGAUCUAUUUUUUAGUCUUGAAAGACUUUGUUUUAAAUGAAAGGUGCGCUAUCCCUUUUUAUGCUUUUGAUUACAUUGUGAAAACCCAGAUAAAUUCAAAAUGUCUUCUAACUCCCAGAAAAUGUUAAGUCCAAAAUGCUCCUGAAGCUUCACGUUUAGUUGUUAAGGAAGUGGAGGUAGGAGCUCCCCUAACCAAAUUAGGCUCCUUCCGCUCACCACCUCCCAACAGUUUCCAGAAGAAGAGUUCAAGGUUUAAAGAAAACAGCAUCGUGACAAAUUGUCAGAGGGGUGAGAGGAAGGACUGGAUGGCUGCAGGCAAUGGGAUGCUGGUAUCUGCGGGACAGGAGGUUAUGACUUUUUUUUUUCUUUUCAAGAAACACUAUUUAUUUUUCAUUAACAGUGGAAGCCUGAAGAAUAUCUGAAGACUCCUAGGUCAUGUGACUUGUGAAGUAAGAGGUAGCUGCUGCUAGCUAAAGUACACACACGCUUAUACCUUUUUCAUCUGGAAACAUCUUCACCAAAUGGUGGGAUGGGAACUUCUGUCAUUUCUGGCAAUGAUGUACACCCCCAAAUCAUUCCAAGAAGCUGCCUUCUGUUUUGAAGGCAGGCUAGAGGAAGAUACUGGUUUGCCUGCCAAGUUGGGGAACUGCACGGGAAAUCUGAAUGUUGGUGGAAUCCAUGUGUGUGUAAACUGUUCAGGAAACUCCAGUUAGCCCUUCUUCUUUGUUUUUGUUUUUUAUUUUUUUUCAAAGGAAGGAAGGAAGGGAGAAUGUCAGUUUAACAGCCUACACUCUAUGGUUACUUUGGGGGUUUUUUGUAAAUUGUGUAAUUUUUAAACAUUUUGAGUUUUAAAAACAAACAAAAAUUUCUCUUGUUAAGGCCUUAAGAAAGGGGUUAGUGCAUCUUUCAGGGGUCACUCUGCCAUGGGAAUAAAAUAGCUGUUUCACAAACAGUUUUAUAUAAAAAAAAAAGCUUAAAAAAACAAAAAAACUAAUAAACUUCAUUUUAACCUUG